GUGUUCUGUCAAGCUCUAUGAUUUCACCAGUCGUAAGUAUGUAAUGCUGUUUUGACAGGUUUUUCAUGUUAAUAGCCCGAAUUUGCCGUACAUUCCGAGUUAAAAGAGUUAUGUGCGAUAAUUUCUCAUAAAGGAUUCCUUGUCCUCCGGGUGGAAACAGUUGGGUUAGAUGGGGUUGUGCCCAUCACCAGUGCGUAUGUGCACUAGCAACUAGUCUGGGUCAACACACAAGGGUGGUGCAUGAUGGCUGCCAAGGCCACAGACUCGGACACAGGGUCACUGACCCCUUCCGAACAAAGUGAUGGCGAGGAAAGAAGUGAACAUGACUCGGACUAUGAAACAGAUGAAGAGGAGGAGGAUAAGAACAAAGGGUCCGACUCCUCUAAUGUGGUGUGGACAGGGUUUGGCAGAAAGACUCCGGUGAUUGUGUUCAAAGUUGAAGGUGUCAUGCAGAAAAAGCCAGAUCUCAAGACUAUAGGAGAGCGAUAUCACUUGGCAUUUAAAUUUGGGACAACCGAGUGCAAGAUUGUCCGAAACAUUCUCACCUCCCAUGGUUUUCAUGAGGUCCACCCCAACAGUUCUGACUUCAACCUGCUGUGGACCAACGCCCAUCUUAAACCAUUCACGCUCCGCAGCAUGACCGAGUUCCAGAAGAUCAACCAUUUCCCCAGAUCUUAUGAGUUAACACGGAAAGACCGACUGUUUAAGAAUGUUCAGAGAAUGCAGCAGAUAAAGGGACAGAGACAUUUUGACUUCAUCCCCAACAGCUUUGUUCUUCCAGGAGAAUACCAGGAUUUCUGUGCUGCAUUUCUUAGAGAAAAGGGUCACUGGAUUGUAAAACCUGUUGCUUCCUCGCGGGGAAGGGGAGUCUUCCUCAUCAACCAUCCGGAUCAGAUUCCUCUGGAUGAAAACAUCAUUGUGUGCAAGUACCUGGGUAACCCCCUGCUUGUGGAUGGGUUCAAGUUUGAUGUCCGGUUGUACAUCGCAGUCACUUCCUAUGAUCCACUGACCAUCUACCUUUUCGAGGAAGGACUAACAAGAUUUGCAACUGUGAAGUAUGAGAAGAGCAACAAGCACAUCCGCAACCAGUGCAUGCACCUCACCAACUACAGCGUCAACAAGAAGAGCCAGGACUACGUGAGGAAUGACGACCCCGACGUGGAGGACUACGGCAACAAGUGGUCUCUGGGAGCUCUGCUGCGCUACUUGCGCUCUCAAGGCCGAGACACUGCAGCACUGAUGAUGCGUAUUGAAGACGUUAUAAUCAAGACAAUCAUCUCCGUGGAGCUCCCUAUUGCCACGGCCUGCAAGAUGUUCAUGCCGCAUCGGGGAAACUGCUUCGAGUUGUAUGGGUUUGAUAUUCUCAUUGAUGACAACCUCAAACCCUGGGUGCUAGAAGUCAACCUGUCGCCAUCUUUAGCUUGUGACAGUCCACUUGAUCUGAAGAUUAAAGCCAACAUGUUGUGUGACCUGUUCUCAUUGGCCGGCGUGGCGUGUCAUGACCCGAUGAUGCGCAAUAUGCAGCAGAGUCGACGCAAUCAGGAAGUUGCAUCCAAGAUGGCAGCCAGAGCUAAGUCAGCGCGCACUAGGCCUGUGUCAGCUACAGCGCGUCAGAGACCUCUCUCGGCCGGGCCGGCUAACUCAGCAGUCAGUGGGAAGGACAAGAACGCCAACAAGAAUAUGGGAGGCCUCAAUAGCGAGGAGAUCAAGAUUAUCAGGCGUUCUAAAGAAGAGGAACAACGAAAGGGAGGAUGGGUGAAAAUAUUCCCCACAGCUGAUUCUUGGGAGAUCUAUUCCCCGUUCCUCCAGUUCAACUCCACCCACAACCUGAUGUUGCACCAGAGGCUCUACCCAGAGAGACAUAAAGGAAAUCUUGGGAAGCUGGCCACAGCUGGGGCGACUUCUUUAGGGUCAAGGUCAAGGACCGGCUAUCUCCAGAUCACCGGGGCGGGCCAGGCUAAAGGCGAGAAUGAUCAUCGUCAUGUGGAGGCGUAUGCUCAGGCCAUGAUCAGAACACGGCAGUACGAGAGGCGGCUCGGGCACAAGAGGAGGAGGAGCAAGAACAAGAACAAGAAGAAAGCUAGAGUCUCUAAUAAGAAAGAACCCAAGUCGAAACUAGUUCAGGGUGUCCCGGAGGACCUGGAGGAGGACCAGGUGUCGGAGGAGGAGUCAGCCAAUCAACAGAAGACGGAGCCCAGCGUGACGCAGGAGGAGAACGUGGAGCCGGUGGAAUCAGUGGAGCCGCUACAAAUGCUCCACCACACCCAGCCAAUCGAGGCUGCUGCUCCAGAGGCGGAGGUGAAGGUCAUCUCCCCGCAUCAGCCGAGUCCGCCGACGGAGGAGGAGAAGGCGAUGGAGACCAAGUGUGAGGAGGCUGAACCUGAAGCUGUUCCCAAGUAUAACGUUGUGGAGCUCCUUCUGAAGGGCGGCUCACUCAGCAAGGUCCAGGCUCGGUCAGCGUUCGCCAUGUACCUGGUACGGGUUCAGCAGAGGCUCAUCAGCGACACUGGAGCCUUGUCUCAGGAGGACGUGGAGGCUCUCAAUGAGCAGAUGGACCUUGUUCUGAGAUUCUUGAAGCGGGCGGCUGUUAAUCUCCAGCAGUCAUUCAAGGUCAUCGUUCCCAGUCGGAAACUACCGUUGUCAGAUCGCAGACGAAUACUGGCUAAACAACUGGGGGAUUUUGUACAUAUCUAUAACAAGGAGACCGAGCAGCUCCGGACGAGGAAGAUGAUAGACCGGAGACAUCUGCGGCGCACAGACAGCAUGGAGGGGCUACAUGAAUCCAAGUUUGAGAAGUUUGUGAACACUGCUUGUGAGGCCGAACUGGAGGAAGUGUUGACGACUUACACCAAGUUGAACAAGUCGGCCAGCAUCUUCCUGGGAAGCAAUGCCAAGACCUCCAGUGACAGCCAGGGAGCAUCGGCCGGCAUGGUGCGCUCGGAUAGUUCUCUUGUGAAACGUAGAGAAUCCAGUGACCUCCAAGACUCCAACUGGGAGGAGGUCCCUCGAGUGUGCAGUGCUUCAAAUGCCGAUAUUAGAUAUGAGAGUGGGGGUUCGCACAGCUUGCCGCGGCCUGCUUCCGCCCACCCAGCCCCUCCUUCAUCUUACAACAAUGCUGUGUCCAUAUACAGCCAGAAACUGACACGCCCAAGGUCUGCUCUUGUCAGCAAUCAGAAAACAGGUGGCCGCCCGCCCUUCGCUCGACCAUCAUCGGCCACAGUACAUUCCCGGCCUUCAUCAGCAUCAACUUACAUCACAUCAGAACCCACAGUUGACACCUACAAUGAGGAGGCAAUCCACGACGCUCUGCAACGUUUAGCCGUCCGACAGCAAGCCCGUCAGUACUCGGCCUUUAACGGCACCAGCGCCCUUCAGCCUGACCAACUCAUCCACCAUCUGACCCCCCCCACCCCCAGCCGGCCCAGCAGUGCCACCCACUCCAGAAAACCGAGUGAAAGUCUACUCAAUGGUGGGGAGUUCACUGACAGCUCCUCCAGUAUCAACAUGAUGUCCCAGCCAGGCCGGAGACAGGAACCUGUCCAGCCACUUCAAAGAUAUUUAACAAUGGAGGAACAAAUAAUUAGAUCACGCCCAUCCUCAUCUUCUGGGUCGAACCGGCCUCGUGCAGACUACAAAGUGUCUGGCAAACACGGCAAGGCAAAUGUUAACAUGGACAAUGCUAAUGCGACAUUUAACAGUUUCAUUGAUGAUCCUGGUAGUCAGUGGCAGAGUGACCUGAUGGCCGCGUACAGCCAGGUGACCGGUGUCCAGCCCCAGAACUACCAGAAUGCCUCCGCCAAUAGCCGACAGUACCACCUGGCUCAGCAGCAGCACUCCACCAAGCAGCAGCGGCUCAUGGAGCAGAGCAAAGCACUUCUGGAGCAGAGUAAGGCUAAGCACCAGGCAAUGGUUGCUCAGGCUCACGCCGCUCAGAGGACGCUUAGCUAUACUCAACCUGCUGAGGUGCAGCCAGGCAAGCAGACAUUCACCCCCAAACCCCCCAUUCAGCCGGCGGGAGGACGCAGGAUGACCCCGGCACACAGACUAGCCAGGUGUAGACUGACCCGAUCCAAGACAGACCACACUACCCUCCGCCUACCUGCACUGUCUGACACUGGGUGUUCUGUAUGUUGUGUUUAUGUGGUUCAGGGUGUUGCUAGUUUAGUGUCAUUCAUAUUUAUUUCAUUUUGUCAUUUAAGUUUUACAUAUAAUCUCUCUAUUUUGGAGCCAAGUAAUGGCAGUGUCAGGUCACCAAUACUAAAUAUAUCCUCUGGCCUGGAAUCUGCCAAUCUUGGUAACUGAAAACAAAUCCUCAGUAUUAUGUAUUUUGGUUUCGGUUAUAAAUUUGAGCAAUAUCCAGCAAUAACUCCCACUGUGUCCAGAACAUAUGGACAACGAUCCUGUGUGACGAGUAUUGCGAGUAGACAGAAGUUUGUGUUGUAUGAGUGCUUGCUGUGUGUGGACCGGCGUGUCAUGGAGCAGUUAUCAUCUGGAUCAUGUCAUGUCAAGUGUGGAAAGAGGAUACGUUAUAAUAUCUCCUUCAUCAUGACAUUGCCCUUGGGAAUAAUAUGUAGUGUAGGUCAAGGUCAUUCUACUCUCAUCCUCAGUGUCUGUAGAAAGUUGAGGACAUUGUGAAGCCAGACACCGGUAAACAUGGUAACGUAGUCUCAUUACUGUGUGUCUCUAGCUCUAACCGAGAGGUGGCCUGGUCUGGUGCCGCAAUUCACUGUGCAGAGUUACCUUCCAGUGACAAAUGAUCGUGGGUUCGAGGCUCGGGUUUGACCUGAUUGUGUUUCUAGGUUUGUCAGCACCAUACCCGUGUUCAAGGAUUUCACCGAAGUGAUUUCACAUCUGAGACCUGCGUCACUAAGUGCUUUCUGUCCACAUGAAGCUGACACACCAUGAUGUACAUGAAAUAUUGUUUGCCGGGGAAGUGUGCCGCGGGUCAUGGAAUGCAUCACUCUUCUGGUCAUCUCUGUACUAGCAGCAUCUCAUGCCACGGUCAGAUACUGUACACGCUGAUGUAGACGAUGAUGUACACGUUGAUAUUGAUCUACAUGGCGAUGUUCACGCUGAUGCUGAUUUUGUGAAUGCAGGGUGGUAGAGCUAGAGUACAAUGGGUGCUUUGGCCGUUUGUUUCAUUAAUAUUUUAGAUUCUUUAUUUUGUUUCCUAAUAUCUCUAUCAUUAUUACCUCUGACUAGACCUGUAGACGUGCUGGCACCAUCUGAAUGUGUUGCAUAUAUAUGUAACUAUAUUUUUUCAAACAACACAUUAUCUCUUCAGUUUUUCACAUAUUUGAUGUUAUUAACAUACCUCAUUUGAUAACAAACUUCUGUCUGUACAAUGUCCCACAUGUCUGUACCAACAUGAACAGAAGUUAAUACAUCCCACUUUCUAUGGAGAACAACUUCUGUUACAAAGAAUAAAAGAAGUUGUAAUCCUUAAAAAUGUGUCUUGUAUUCAUGUCCUUCCAACUUCUAAUUAAAGACUUCAUGAAUAGAAAUAUUAAAGUUAAAAUGAUUUUGAUGAUACAAUAUGUAAUAUCAUUAGCCUGAAAUAGGAAUCUGAUACUUUCUGCUUUAUCCUCAGCUGUUUUUUUCAAUUGCAAUUAAAUGUGGUUUGUUCACU